GUGGGUAGACACUUCUCAUACAAAAACUAGUCUCUAUAUGUAGCAAUUGAUAUACAACCUUAUCCCUUAAGCAAUAAAGUGCAUUUUGGAUUGAUUUCACUAUAGCAGGGGAACCCGCGGAUCAAUACCACCAUACUAAAAAUAAUUGUUAGUGUCCUUAUGUUGGUAGUAUUGUUAGUUUGACAAAUGAAAAAAAAUGUCUGUCAAUUGAGUUUGAGUUUUUAACCGGCGAAUUGAUUCGUGUGAAGUUAUUUUCUCAGAUUUGGUGCAAUAUUACUGUAAAUAAACUUUUCUGUCGUUUACGUUGAGUUGAUUAAGUUCCUCCGUAUCGGGCGUGAUAAAGUUUGCUGUUCAGUGUUAUGUUUUUUGUGAGAUAGAGACUCUUUUAAAUAAGCUGUGUUUCAACUUCUACAGAAGUUUAAACUCUUAUUUACUUUUCUGUUUAAUGGGCUUCUACUGAUAAUGGAGAGUAGAAACAACAAGAAGUGCGUUAUUUGUAAUAAGAGGCGAAGUCGUGGUGGAUCACCCUUACUUUUGAGUAGGUUUCCUCUGGAUUCUGACCGUUGUCGAAUGUGGGUUAAAAAUGCUGGCUUAGAAGACUUAGCAUAUGUACCUAUUGAAAAGUUACACCAACUGAAGUUUGUUUGUGGUGGGCACUUCACUCCUGAAUCCUUCAAUGCCAAAGGAACUCGGCUGAAGAACUCAGCUAUUCCAACACUGGAAUUGAGCAAUCCCAUCUUGCCAGAUGAAGUUUUGACAGAGUUUCCUCUUCAUGUAAAAGACUCCAAUAAAGAAAACCUCAAGACAGUUCUUUAUGAUCAUUCAUAUUGCAUUCCAAAGAAGUCAAAUCCAGUUGAACGAGUUCCCCUUACAACUACAACCAAACAACUAAAUUCAACAUGUUUGGGAGCUGUGGAUAUACCAGAUUCUGGUAUUUCUGCGAAAACAACUUUUGAACCUCUUCCUUCUACUUCCAAUGCACCAGAACAUAUGACCUAUAAACCCAUUACUCAUGAUGAUAAAAACAUUUGCCAUCAAGAUGCACAGGCAGAAAUAUUAGUCCACAGUUAUAAAAGACCUAAGAAAAACAUUGAAAUGAAAGUCACUUCAUCAACAUUUACAAUUAAAGAGAAGAGGCUUUGGCGACAGUUACAAAAUGCAAAAAAAACAAUAAGGAAUAUAGCGAAGUCAAGAGUGAAUUUAGACAAGUUAGAUUCGGAAGUGCUGACAUCGUUAGUAAAGGAUGUAGUGCAGAAUAACAAAAAAAAAGUCACAAGGAAAAAGGUGGACUUUAGCCAACAAAAUAUAUGCUUUGGCUAUAUUUAAACGGUCCCCUAAAGCAUACCGCUAUAUGCAAAAGCUGUUUACGCUACCAAGCACUAAAACGCUCCAAAGGAUUUUAAAAAAUAUACCAAUGGAGCCUGGUAUAAAUAAAAAUAUAAUUGAUAUGUUAGAGGCAAAAGCAUCAAGUAUGCCAAAGGAAAAUAAAUAUUGCUCGUUAAUAUUUGACGAGAUGGCGUUAAAGAAACGGAUAAUUUAUAACGAAAUUGCUGAUAAAGUGGAUGGCUACGUGGAUUAUGGAGAGGGCGAGAACAUGGGACGAGAAAAGAAAAUUGCAGACCAUGCGUUAGUGUUUAUGAUACAGGGUGCUAAACAUAAAUACAAGCAAUAUAUUGCGCACUAUUUUGUGGAAGGCACAAUAUCAACAGCAAAACUGGCAAAAAUUAUAUCGGACAUCAUCAAAAAAUUAAAAGAAAUCGGAUUUAUGGUUCUAACAACAGUUUGUGAUCAGGGAUCUACAAAUAUAGGAGCUCUUAACAUGUUAAAAAGAAACUGUGGACAAGGCAUAGAUAGCAACUUUUUCUCUGUAAAUAAUGACAAAAUUUUUAUAAUCUAUGACAUCCCUCACUUGUUCAAAUCAUUACGAAACAAUUUCUUUAAAAGUGGAAAUAUGUCUUUCGAUGGAAAAAUUGCACAAUGGAGGCAUUUGGUAGUUGCAGAAGAACACAACAGAAAUUUUUUAAAUUUUAAAAAACUGAAUAGUACCAUUGUAAAUCCAACAUUCAAAACUAAGAUGAGGGUGAAGUAUGCUGCGCAUGCUCUGAGUAAUACCGUGGCAGCUAUUUUAAAAAUGAUGGCAUGGAAAGAAGUUUCUGAUUGCAAUGAUACAGCAUUUGUGAUUGAACAGUUAGAUAAACUAUUUGAUUGUACAAAUGGUCCAUCAUCUUUAAAUGACGUAAAGAAAGGGAUCCGGGAAAAUGUUUCCACAUCAAGUAAUCACAUUGAGUCUUGGACCUUUUAUACUGAUAAGUUAAAAACCAUAAAAUUUAUAACAGCAGAAAACACGAUACUAAAAAAUGUUAAAUGCGUAAAGGGAUAUCAAAUAUCUAUCAAAUCCUUAAACGAUAUUUGGGAAAAGUUAAAGAAUGAAGGGUUUAAAUAUAUGAACCUUAGACAGUUUAACCAAGACUCUCUGGAAAACUUAUUUGGAAUCAUUAGGCAACACAGUGUAACCAAUAGAAAUCCCACUAUCACGCACUUUACUGCAGCGCUUAAAACAAGCAUGGUUACUGGGCUGAAAGUGCCUCAUAGCAGAAGUGCUAAUUGUGAAGCAGACAACAAUAAACAUAUGCUGGAAUAUAAAGACAUUUUAAAAACUAAUUUAAAAACAACAGAAAUAAAAAUUAAUGUUCAAGAUUCCACAGACACUGAAUUUUAUCCUGUGUUGUCUAUCCCGGACCCUGAAAACUUAGAACAGCCCAUUGAAAAUUUGUGUAGCCUUGAAAACCAACCAGUAGUAUAUGUAAGCGGGUAUUUAGCUGCCAAACUAUUACAGAACAGUUCUUGUUUAAUUUGUGAAGAGUGUUUGAGCGUGAAAACUCCUGUUGACAAUGAUUUGUAUGCAUAUAUAUCUCUUCGCGAAUGGUGGCAUGAUAAAAAAAGUCUCGUUUAUCCAACAAUUCAAUUAUGUACCACCGUAAAUGAAGCUAAACAAUUUUAUCAUGACCAUAUUGCCGACCAGAUAUAUAUGGAAAAUGUUGGAAAAUUCAUUUUCUUAAUGUUGAGUACAAAUUGUAAUUUUAGUUGGUUUAAAUGUCAACAACAUAAUAAAGAAAUUUAUGAUAAGAUGUUUAAAAUAUUAAGUUACCUUUUUCUAAGAAAAAGUUGUAAAAUCAUUAAUGACAGCUUCAUAAAAAGUGAAAACAAUUUUGCUGACAAAAGUAAAAAAGCACAGCAACAAAGCAUUGAAAAGUAAUCUUGAGGCUGAGGUUCGAUCAGCUGAUAAGAAAAUUAAAGAUGUUUAUAAAUAAAAAUCCUAUUUUUUCUUAGAAAAAGUUGUGAAAAUAAAAG